AUGGCUAAUACACUUUGGUAUAACAUUGCCAUUUUCUUGUUGAUCUCGUCGUUUCUUGCUGACAAUGCUGUUGUUGUUCUUGAUGCCUUUCACCACGUCCCCAAUAAGAUCAAGAACCAACCUUACCGAACCGGUUACCACUUCCAGCCUCCUAAAAAUUGGAUGAACGAUUGGACAGGGCCUAUGGUAUACAAAGGAAUCUACCAUCUAUUUUACCAAUGGAACCCAAACGGCGCCGUCAUGGAAGUUAACGAUACUGUAUGGGGUCACGCCACAUCAACGGAUCUCAUCAACUGGAUCACACAUUCUCCAGCCAUCAAACCAUCUCGACCGUCCGAUAUUAACGGAUGCUGGUCCGGCUCCGUCACGAUUCUCCCCGAUGGCAAACCCGUAAUUCUCUACACAGGCAACGACCGUUAUAACCGUCAGGUCCAAAACUUAGCGAAACCCAAAAACCUCACCGAUCCAUAUCUCCGGCACUGGACAAAAUCUCCGGAAAACCCCCUCGUGACACCUAACGCCGUCAACCACAUCAACUCCACCGCGUUUCGCGACCCAACCACCGCGUGGAUAGGCCGUGAUGGCCAAUGGCGUAUAACCACAGGUAGUCAAGAAGGUCGGCGUGGAUUAGCGAUUCUACACACGAGCCGCGAUUUCGUAAGAUGGAAGAAAUCUCCAAAACCUCUUCACUACCAUGACGGCACCGGAAUGUGGGAAUGCCCUGAUUUUUUCCCGGUGGCGAGAAGUGAUUCACACGGCGUUGAUACGACAACGUUUAGAGAAAAGAUGAUAAAGCACGUGCUUAAAGUUAGCUUAUCAGAUACGUAUUUUGAUUAUUACACAAUUGGGACGUACGACCAAGUAAGAGAUGUCUACGUCCCGGACAAUGGUUUUGUUCAGGACAAAACGGCUCCGAGGUACGAUUACGGCAAAUUUUACGCGUCGAAGACAUUUUACGACUCGGUUAAUCAACGGAGGAUUUUGUGGGGAUGGGUUAACGAAUCGUCGCCGGAGAAGGACAAUGCCAAUAAGGGCUGGGCCGGUUUACAGGCUAUUCCUAGGAAAGUAUGGCUUGGUGAAUCAGGAAAGAGAUUGGUGCAAUGGCCGGUUAAGGAAAUAGAGAGGUUACGUACAACGCAAGUCAAGUGGGGUAACAAAGUUUUGAAAGGAGGAGGAACGGUCAUGGAGGUUCAUGGUGUCACAGCCUCACAAGCAGAUGUAGAGGUUUUCUUUAAAGUGAGUGGUUUAGACUUAGAGAAAGCAGAUGUGAUUGAACCAGGCUGGACCGACCCGCAAAUGAUUUGCAGCCUGAAGAAUGCAUCAUCAGGUUUAGGUCCAUUUGGUUUAAUGGUUAUGGCUUCCAAGAACUUGGAAGAGUACACGUCUGUCUAUUUCAGAAUCUUCAAAGUUCGUGAGGAUAGUAAGGAGCACGUUGUGGUCAUGUGCAGUGACCAAAGCAGAUCGAGUUUAGAGAAAGGGAAUGAUAAGACAACAUAUGGUGCUUUUGUGGAUAUCUCUCCUUAUCAGACACUCUCUCUCAGGACUUUGAUUGAUAAUUCAAUAGUGGAGAACUUCGGUGGGAAAGGGAAAGCAUGUAUUACUUCAAGAGUUUAUCCAAAAUUGGCAGUAGGAGAAAGAACACAUCUCUUUGCUUUUAACAAGGGAUCUCAGAAUGUUGAUGUUUUAAGCCUAAGUGCUUGGAGCAUGAAGUCUUCUCUCUAAAUUCAGUUCUUGAGAUAUAUGUAUUGAGAGAGAUUCUUGAAACUCUUGGUGUAUCUGAAAUAAAUAAAUUAGA